AUGUCCAACAUAAAAAUCGUUGUAGCCUUCUGCCUGCUGCUGGCAGUAGCUUUGUGCUCCGGAGAACGUUCCCGUUAUGAUAACUAUCGCGUGUAUAAAGUGACCGCCAAAAAUUCCGCACAAUUGGAAGUGUUGAAACAUUUAGAAAGUGCAAGUGAUUCCAUCAUUUUCCUCAAUGAAGUACACUGGAUGGACAAACCUCUCAAAAUUGUUGUGGCACCACAUAAAGUAGCGGACUUUUUAGAAAUUCUGGGCAGUAAUGAUGUUGAAUAUCAAUUGUUGGAAGCUAAUCUACAAACUCGUUUGGAUUCGAAUUAUGAGGAAGUGGCAAAGUCCAGUACCUCAGAUCGUGCCACCUCUUAUGAUUGGACGAAGUAUUAUGGCUUAGAAGACACCUACAGAUGGUUACAACAAUUGGCCAUGACAUAUCCCAGUGUGGUGACCUUAAUCGAAGGUGGAAAAUCCUAUCAAGGGCGUUCUAUUUUGGGUGUGAAGAUUUCCAAAUCGAAAAGUGAAAAACCUGGCAUUUUUAUUGAAGCUGGUAUACAUGCACGUGAAUGGAUUGCUGGUGCCACCGCAACAUAUCUGAUCAAUCAAUUACUGACAUCGCAGGAGGAAAGUGUUAAGCAAAUCGCCGAGAACUACAAUUGGUAUAUAUUCCCACAUGUUAAUCCCGAUGGAUUUGUUUAUACCCACACGACGGAUCGUUUGUGGCGUAAGACUCGCACACCCUAUGGCAGCUGCUUUGGUGCUGAUCCCAAUCGUAAUUGGGGUUUUGAAUGGAAUGUUGUGGGAUCGAGUAAUAGCCCGUGUUCAGAUACCUAUGCUGGACCCUCUGCAUUCUCGGAAAUUGAAACUCGUUCCCUUUCGGAAUACAUUAAGAGCCUCGAGGGAAAAAUACAUUUGUACAUAUCCUUCCAUUCCUAUUCUCAAUUCCUUUUAUAUCCAUAUGGUCACACUGGCACAUUACCUGUUAAUUCGGAAGAUUUCAAGCGAGUCUAUGAUGUCAGUAUCGCCGCCAUUAAGCAACGUUAUGGUACCGUUUAUACGGGUGGUAAUAUCUACGAUGCCAUUUAUCCUGCUUCGGGUGGUAGCAUUGAUUGGGCCUACGAAAAUGUUGGUACCAAAUUGGUAUUCUGCUAUGAAUUGCGCCCCUCGGAUAGUGAUCCAUGGAUUGGUUUUGAAUUGCCAGCGAAUCAAAUUAUACCCACUGGAGAGGAGACCGUGGACUCAAUUACCGCCAUGGUGAAUGAAGUGGAAAAUUUGGGAUAUUUUAAGAAUUGA